GGUGGUGAGCUGGAUCUGCGUUCUGAACCCAGCGACUUUAAUUCUGAUCAGAUGUCUCUCUUCAGGGCAUUAAAGAAAACCUGCUCACUAAUCAAAAAGAGCCUCUUCUCUAGAGAAACGACUGAGGCAGUGAGGAUGGAGCCCACGAAGAUCAACAUGUCCCGCGUGCCCCUGGUCAGCAGCGGCAUCGACAGCGCCAUGCUCAAGGCGCACAAACCCCGCGUGAUGUCCAAGAGUGGCCACAGCAACGUCAGGAUAGACAAAGUCGACGGCAUCUACCUGCUCUACCUGCAGGAUCUGUGGACCACAGUCAUAGACAUGAAGUGGAGGUACAAACUCACCCUGUUUGCUGCUACUUUUGUCAUGACCUGGUUCCUCUUUGGGGUGAUCUACUAUGCCAUCGCCUUCCUUCACGGCGACUUGGAGAUGAACAAGUUCUCCCCAAAGCGGGAGCCGUGCGUGAAGAAUGUGGAUUCCCUGACUGGGGCAUUCCUCUUCUCCCUGGAGUCCCAGACAACCAUUGGCUAUGGAUUUCGUUUCAUCACCGAGGAGUGUCCCCAUGCCAUUUUCUUGCUUGUGGCCCAGCUGGUCAUCACCACCCUGAUUGAGAUCUUCAUCACAGGUACCUUCCUGGCCAAGAUCGCCAGGCCAAAGAAAAGGGCAGAGACGAUUAAAUUCAGCCACUGUGCUGUCAUCACCAAGCACAACGGGGAGCUUUGCCUGGUCAUCAGAGUGGCAAACAUGAGGAAGAGCCUCCUGAUACAGUGUCAGCUCUCUGGGAAGCUUCUUCAGACCUACGAAACCAAAGAAGGGGAGAGGAUUCUGCUGAACCAAGCCAGUGUCAAAUUCAACGUUGACUCCUCCUCGGAGAGUCCAUUUCUCAUUUUGCCUUUAACCUUCUACCACAUUUUGGAUGAAAGCAGCCCUCUGAGAGACCUCACACCUCAAAACCUCAAGGAGAAGGACUUUGAGCUCGUGGUGCUCCUGAAUGCCACGGUGGAGUCCACCAGUGCUGUCUGCCAGAGCAGGACUUCCUACGUCCCCGAGGAGAUCCACUGGGGCUACGAGUUCGUGCCUGUGGUUUCCCUCUCUCCAAAUGGAAAGUACGUGGCGGAUUUCAGUCAGUUUGAGAAGAUCAGGAGAAGCACAGAUUCUACUUUUUACAGCAUGGACUCUGAAAAGCAAAAGCUGGAGGAGAAAUACAGGCAGGAGGACCAAAGAGAGAGGGAACUGAGAACAAUGUUGUUACAGCAGAGUAAUGUUUGAUUGGAUGGAAAAACUAUUCUGAAUAAUCCUUUUUCUGCAAACUGAAAAAAAACAUACUUUCUGUGCUGUAUGUCUGCUGUGAAACCAGAAGUGAAGCCCUUUUCAGGAUUAUUUCCUUUUCAGUCCUAUUUCAGCAAAUAGCUUUGGUGUACAGUAAAUCGACCCCUUUGGCUGAGCUGUUAAUCAAGUACUUUGUAAUUAGGCAGGAUUUCUUUGUUCCUGAUUGUGACUUAGCAAAAUUGGGUUUGUGUUAAACCUCUGCCUGAUGCCACCACUGAAAGCAGACACGCCACUUUCCGUUUGGAAAGUGAAACUGGACUCACUGUGCUGAUUCCCUCAAAUAUUUAUUUGACGUGGUUUUACUGUGAACAUGCAGGGACAGCACACAGCACUGCUAGAGAAAAGCGUGCUCCUUUGAAAUAUGUAUCUUUAAAAUGUAUAUUCUCCUACCAGGGAUCACCUGCGUGGGGAUUCCUGGCACUGAAAGUAAGUUGAUUGAAGAGACAGAUGGUUGGAUGUGGGAAGAGCUUCAGGGAGGGGUUAAACUCCUGAAAUCUCAAAGGAAUGUGACAGAGCAGUGCUGGGUGGUGGGGAGGAACAUUCGCUCUCUGUCUCUGCUGCUCAGAGCUUGUUCUGUGAUUGUUUUAGGAUCACUCCUAAAACAAUCCUUUUUUUAACCUUGCUAAUGCCUGAUUUAUAUCUGAUAGCAAAAAGGGGAGAUGAGGGCAAGACGCACACAGGAUCACAACAGUAAUCACCUAGUGUUAUAGCUGGCUUUGAGACAUCUGGUUUUUAUCCAGUGUAAAUAGUUUGUAACAGCAGCAUAACAAUACAAUUCUACAGAUUGCUUGCUUUGCUCCGGACCGUAUUUAAUUUUGGUUAAAAGAAAGCUGUGUAAUGUCUGUAGACAAUAUUUAC